UUAAAAGCAUACUAAAUAAAAAUGUACGCUAUGAAGGCCACGUUGUGUCUGAGUAUAUUGGCGCUCUACAUGUUGCCCUUUACAAUGGGUCAAGGAACAACUCUGGCAAUAACGCUUCCAGAUUUUCCUAAGCUUGCUGUUUGCAUUGCACCAUUAAGGGAUUUGGUGCUACCACUUGCCACAAAAUUGAUACCACUUGCUGCAGAGCUUUACAAGUGUGUCGAUUUUAAACAGGAAACUAAUCCGGGUUAUAAACUGGCUGUUAUUCUGAAGAAUACCUACAAUUGGUCGAAAAAAGCACUCCUAGAGAAGUUAAGUUUGCGCGGAAACACUGGUUAA